AUGGCCGACCUGGACCACAACCUCAGCCUCGCGGACGCUCUGACGGAGCCGCCUCCUGAGAUCGAGGAGGUGGUGAAAAGGGACUUCAUCGCCACGCUGGAAGCGGAGAAAUUCGAGGACGAGGUUGGCGAAACGGUGGAUAAAACAGACUAUGUCCCUCUGCUGGACGACGACGAUGCCAAAGCCGGGAGCCAGGAGCCGAAAAGCAAAGCCCACGCGGACGGCGUUCAGGUGGAGC